AACUUCACUCGGUUAUGUUGUUCAUGUGUCACUUUUGGGAAAUUAAAAACAUUGCGGAAAGUGCGAAAAAUAGAGUGAAUUUUCCCAGUGAAGAGGAGUGAAAACUGAGUCAAAUGGAUACAUUUGAGGAUGAGAACUUCAAUGCAAUUGACUUCAUCAAUGCAACUUACGCUGCCAGCAAGACAGAGAGCAAAGAAGAAUUCGUGUCUGCCCUCGUGUCGCAGCUGCAAAUUCACGUUCAGGAUGUGAACGGUGUGCUUGAGGACACCAGUCAGCAAAUGAUUGGGAAUAUGCCGAAAAUCAUGAGGGACAUGGACAAUUUGAGGCGCGAGGCAUUGACACUGCAGAAGACAAUGCACGAGAUGAAGGCGGAAAUUGCCCAGGUGCAGAGAGAAACGGGCAGUUGCAUGGCAAAUCUCGAGCGUCUGGAUACGCUGAAGACGAAGCUGCAAGUGGCUAAGCAAGGCCUGCAGGAAUCCGAUGGUUGGGGACGCUUGACGUCGGAAUUGGAAGAUUUGCUGGAGAGGAACGACGUGGCAGGUGGUUGCGAGAAAUUGAGCAUUCUCCAGAGAUCACUGGCGGCCCAAGUGGGUCUGCCUGGUCAGAGCGAGCGGGAAAUGCACGUGGAAGAGGCUAAGAACAAGCUGGAAGCAUUGGCGAGUCCUCAAGUAGUGAAGUGCUUCUCCGUUGGCGAUGCCACGGAGGCUCUCAAGUAUGUGGAGAUGUUUGGGAAGAUGGAGCGUCUGCCACAGCUAAAGCAGUACUACCGAACAGUCCAGAAGACAAGGCUACAGAGUCAGUGGCAAGAGAUUGUGGAUUUGGCGGAGAAUUCGAGGGAUUUGCGCUUCCUCAGGGAAUUUUAUCAUCACUUGUUGGAACACUUCCAGAAGCAAGUGAAGUGGUGCUCGCUAGUUUUUGGCUCAGUUGACGGUCUCGUGGAAACUGUCUGUGUGAUCUCAGACACUCUGGCCACUCUUCAGCCGCCUCGUGAGACUGCAAUCACAAACCUUCUGAAGCGACAGAAUGAUAAGCUGGAGGCAAUUGCGGAGUUCUCAGCGGCCAAUCAAUUCUUCGGGAUGACUCUUCAGAAGCACAUCCACAGCAGUGGAUCGUCCAUUCAGAAGGAUCAGCUGGUGGCUCUGUCGAAGGGAAUCUACGAUUUCUUCCAAGUAUUUAUAAUCCAGUACGGUGCUUUGGAGCAAAACUGGCUUUCUGGGCAUCUUGUGAGUCUGGGACUGGCAAAUCAAGUUGUGGCUCUAGAGACGGUGCGAAGUCUGGGAAAUUGCAAUGCCAAAGUCCUUCAGGCGGCAUCAAAUGCACUGCAGAGGUGCGAGAGUAUUACCCAGAAUUGUGCCAUUGGCCCUCUGGUCACUGUGCUGAAUUCAUUCUUCCGGGAGUAUUUGGACAAGUAUAAGAAGGCCCAGAAACAGUUGGAUGCAACCAGAAAUGUGCCCAAUGUGAAUUUCCUGCAAAUCUGCACCACUCUUCUGCAGUAUCUGGGCGAUUUUAUUCUCCAAUUGACAACAUUCGAGGAGGAAGUGAUUGCGAAGAUACUCGCCACGUAUGAGCAGGUGUGUCGCCAGGAGAUGUCCUCCUUCCAGUACAAAGUGCUUCGCAAGCAGGACGUGAGUGAGAUCAAAAAGUUCAAGAAUUUGGUGAACGAGAAGCAGACUCGAGGAGAUUUCGGGUCAAAUCCUUGGUCAAUAUUUUCUGGCUUGAUUGAGGUCGUGAAGCCCAUCUGUGCUGAGAUUCACGACACCACACUGGCAUCAGUGUUUGCUCCAAUUGAGACCCACUUGAGGACUAUUGAGCCGACAGACUCGAGCAGCAGCAGCACCGAUCUGCCGGACUACAGUUUUGCGCCUCAAGAAUACAUUACGCAAGUGGGUCAGUACUUGAUGACGUUGCCGCAGCACUUGGAGCCCUUCCUGCUGUCACCCUCCGACGCCCUGAGGCGCUCUCUCGAGAUUGCCGAUGAGAAGUAUUCACAGAGCGCCACAAGUGGAGAUGUUCUGCUCGCCCUCAUCGCUGAGGAGUGCUGCGCAUUGUACAUGGAGAACAUCUACAAGAUUGGCAGCUUGAGCAAUACAGCGGCGAAGCAACUGGCAACGGACAUUGAGUACUUGGGCAGUGUUCUGGAGGAACUGGGACUGAAGCUUGGCUCGCAGAUUCAGCAAGUUGCUGUUCUCUUGAGAGCAGCGCCGGAAAAUUACCUAAAUCUCAGUGCUGGGUGCGAUCCUAAGCUGGUGACGGCUGUUAGGCAGAUGAGAAAUAUUAUUUCAACGGAAUAGAAACUAUUGUUCUAAGAAUGAUUGUGUAUAAUACUGUCCCUUCUAAGACGAAA